AAGGGAAGUUACCCAAAUCCAGGACAUUCAUGCUUGAUCUAAAAACAACAAAAACGUUUUUUGGACUUAUUGUGGGUAAAUUGAAAUUCAGUCGACUAAUUGCAGCACUAUAUUAUUUGUGAGACCAACGUGGAGGGGGAAGACUUUCAGGAGGGACGUGUAUCGCAUCCCACCAGUCACCAUGGCAGAGGAUACGUUGAUGUUGAACCUCUCGUCUGACUCAGCUCCAGCAUGUCACUCGAAGAGUUAUCAGAGACCAACGUCUCAGGAAAAAUGGGCUUUGAAAAAAGCACAGAAACGAAAAUACUCAGGAAUACAGAAAGGGUUACCUAAUAAACAACAGCUCAAUGGGCCUAAGACCAAGGACCAACAGCCCCCCGAGGACAUGGAAGAAGAGGAUGUACCAACCCAUAAAAACCCUGUCCAAAAGCCAGCACCAAAGGAUGCAGCCAAAGCCUUGUCCCUUGAGGCCCCAAAACCUGCCCAGAGAUUCAAAGCCCAGACAAAAAUGACUCCAAAAAGUAAACAUGGUGGGGAACACAAAGGAGGAGAGGACUGUGUGUUCAUAAAGACUUCGUCCCUCUUUAGAAAUAACCCAGAUAUCCCAGACAUCCACAGGCCUGCUGUGACCCAGCUGAAGGAGAAAGUCUUCACCAGCGACUCAUUUGCGGAGCUGGACCUUCACCCCCACCUGGUGGCGACGCUGACCAAAGUGCUGAAUAUGACCACUAUGACCAGUGUCCAGAAAGAGACCAUUCCUGUCCUCUUGUCUGGUCAAGACGCUGUCGUGCGCUCUCAAACAGGAUCGGGUAAAACUCUUGCCUACGGAAUACCGCUUGUUCAGUCGUUACAAGCAGUGGAACCAAAAAUUAAGAGAGGGGAUGGGCCUCUUGCUGUCAUUGUGGUCCCCACCAGAGAGCUGGCCCAGCAGAGCUUUCAGAUCUUCCAGAAGCUCCUCAAGCCUUUCACAUGGAUCGUGCCUGGAGUCCUGAUGGGGGGGGAGAAGAGGAAGGCAGAGAAAGCCAGGCUGCGUAAAGGGAUUAACAUUCUGAUCACCACGCCGGGCCGACUGGUGGACCACAUCAAGAACACGCUGAGCAUAGCCUUCAGCGCUGUCCGUUGGCUCAUCCUGGACGAGGCUGACCGGAUUCUGGACCUGGGCUUUGAGAAGGACCUGACAGUGAUCCUCAAUUCCUUGAAUGCCACUGGACCUCCCAGGCAGAACGUGCUCCUGUCUGCUACUCUUACAGAUGGCUUAUCCCGGUUAGCUGCGAUCAGCAUGAAGGAGCCGGUCAGCAUCCAGGUGGGAGAGAACUCUGAGGGGAUCAACAAUCUAAUUCCGGACCCCACCACAGUCCAGGGCAAGUCGGACCGCUUUGCUGUUCCCGAGAGGCUGCAGCAGCACAUGGUGGUGGUUCCCAGCAAACUAAGGCUGGUCUGCCUGGCAGCCUUCAUCCUGUCCAAGUGCAAGUUUGAGAAGGGACACAAGAUAAUUGUGUUUGUGUCGAGUUGUGAGGCAGUGGAGUUUCUGCUGAUCCUUUUCAACGCCGUGCUCUCUGGGCCAAAAGCCAAACCGCAGCCUCCGCUCAGCUUCUUCCGUCUCCACGGCAACUUGAAGCAGGAGGAAAGGACAGAAGUUUUCCAAGAGUUCUGUCUCUGCAAGACUGGAAUUCUGCUCUGUACGGAUGUUGCAGCACGUGGACUUGACAUGCCUCAGGUGACAUGGAUUGUACAGUACAACCCUCCAACCACUCCAGCAGAGUAUGUGCACCGCGUCGGGCGAACUGCCCGUAUAGGAGCUAGGGGAAGCAGCCUUCUCUUUCUCACCCCUGCUGAAAUGUCCUAUGUCACUUCUCUAGCAAAUCACAAUAUCAGCCUGUCCGAGAUGAAGAUGGAGAUGAUUCUGUCAACGCUAAUGCUGGACGACCGCUUCAAAGUCAGGGGAAAGUAUGACGGCAAGAAGUCUUCUGGGGCUCCGGAGCAGGAGGUGCAGGAAAGAGCAACUGUCCUACAGACGGAGUUUGAGAAUGUUGUCCAUAACGAUAACAACUCUGUCCAAGCAGCCAAGAGAGCCUUGCAGUCCUUCCUACGGGCGUACACUGCCUACCCAUCCAACAUGAAGCACAUCUUCCAUAUCAAAGCCCUGCACCUGGGCCACGCCGCCAAGAGCUUCGGCCUGAGGGACGCCCCACGGGGCCUGGUCACUGCCCCUGCCAAGGGCUCCAACAAAGACAAGGGACAGGCCAAGGGCAAGAGACCUCUCAAGAAGUUUAGCACUGAAGAUCGGGUGGCCAGUCUCACGCGCUCCGAAUAUGCCAGCGGGAUUGAUGGAGACUCCGCAGCCAAAAAGAAGAAGAAAAGCCAAGCCAGUGGGGAGGAGGGACGAGUGGAAUAGCUGAAAGGUUAUCCCCACUCACCCAGGACAGCUCUCCUAAACCAAUCUCUUGUCCCUAGCAGCUAUAGUCUAGACAUGUUUGUGACGGCCCCUCAUAGAUCUAAACCGAUCAAAUUAUAGUUGAAAAGGUAAUAACUCCACCUAGCCCUUUUUUUAUAGGUUAGGUGGAGUAUCUGUCAUUUGAUAUUCAUUUCGCCCAGUAUCUUCUCAUCUAAAAUGGUGCACCUAGAACGGGUGAAGGGGUUCUAGGGGUUGAUUUGUGAUUGUGCUGGUUGUGUAGCUUAAGGAUGGGUGAAUUCCAUCCUUAACAUAACUGUUUAACCCUCUACCUUUGCACAAUCACUGUGUGUCUACAGAAUUGAUCCCAGAGCCGUGCUUGACACACAACCCCAAGUAUGGGGCACCAGAAGUUGACAUAGUGAGUAUAGUGUUUUUCUUUAGCAGUUCAGAACAGACUGACAGUCUCAGGUUGUGUGUAUUGUUUUAUAAUGAAUUAAUUGUAUGGUGAGCCACGCACCAUGGUCUAUCACGUCGACACAAGUUAAGUAUGUCACCGUUUCAUGAAAAGAAUAUGGUUGUUCUCCAGAAUGUCAGAAUUGUAUUUUCAGCUACUGCAUCAAUUGUAAUGUUGGUAUACAUCUGUGUGGAUAUGACUUUAAAUGAACAUUUUCAAGUUUGAAAAUACAUGUUUGGUGUUGAAUUUGUUUCAUAAAAUAAACCCAGAUCAUGGAAAGUGAUAAAGGUAAUGAAACAAAAUGCAAUCGUGCGAUCUAAAAUGUUUCAGAAUGUCAGAAAUCAUAUAAGUAUACAAAACAUUAAGAACACCUGCUCUUUCCAUGACAUGAGAGGUGAAAGCUAUGAUCCCUUAUUGAAUUCACUUCAAUCAAUGUAGAUGAAGGGGAGGAGACAAGUUAAAGAAGGAUUUUUAAGCCUUUAGACAAUUGAGACAGGGAUUGUGUAUGGGAGCCAUUCAGUGGAUGAAUGGGCCAGACAAAAUAUUGAAGUGCCUUUUGAACUGGGUAUGGUGGGUGCCGGGCGCACUGGUUGGUGUCAAGAACUGCAACGCUGCUGUUUUUUUUAAUGCUUAACCUUUUUCCAUGUGGAUCAAGAAUGCGCCACCACCCAAAGGACAUCCAAGCUUACUUGACACAACUGUCAAAAGAAACUCUAUAUUAGGAAGCUGUUCCUAAUGUUUGGUUUACUCAGUGAAUAUGACCUCAUGUUCCGAUAAAACAAAAGAAAAUUACAAGUGUGAUCUUUAAAAAAAAAACUUUUCACAUGUUUUUACAUUUGCUACUUUUUCCAGGUGAAUACAGUCUUACAAAUAGGCUUUUUUAAAAACUUUUAUUUAACUAAGCAAGUCAGUUCUUAUAUACAAUGACGGCCUACCGGGGAACAGUGGGUUAACUGCCUUGUUCAGGGGCAGAACGACAGAUUUCUUUGCCUUGUCAGCUUGGGAUUCGAUCCCGCAACAUUUCGGGUACUGGCCCAACACUCUAACCACUAGGCUACCUGCCGCUAUGGUUGGUUGAUUGGUAUGCUAUACAGGUAUUGGGCGUUUGUGGGCUUUUAUUUUCAUAUGUAUCAAAGUUCUAUUCUGCAAAUUUAGCAGAAUCUUUUGUAAUACUACACAAAUUACUGAAAAGACAGGUUAAGAAUGGACAGAGAUAGACCUAUGUGUUCAUCUUAUCAUAUUUAUCCAAUGCCUAAUCAGUGUGUCUUCUUUGUAAUGAAACUGUCCCUGUUUGCAAAUAAUAAAAUCUGAUAUGUCA